AUGAACAACUGCAACUUUUCGGAACUCGCACAACAAUUUUACGAAAAUUCAUCAGUUAAUGAAACUGAUAAUCGAUUCAGUAACUCGAAUUUCUUUCUUAUAGAACAAUCGAAUCCUCGAUUGAAUCCUCAAAUUCAAGUUGAUGAAGCAGAUGAUUCAUUAGAAAAUGCCAUGACGAAAAAUCAACAGAAUAUUCAACAGAAUAUUCAACAGAAUCUUCUUUGUCCCUUUCCUCCCUAUAACGUUAAUGCUAAUUAUGCGCAGACAUCAGAAGUUGAUAACGAAACAAUUUCAUUAAGCGCCUCACCUCACCCGCAACAUUAUGUUCCCAACACAAAUGAUUAUUUUGCACAUGGUUCUCAACCGUCGCAUGGUCUACGAAAGCAUAAGAAUGUUACAGACGCUUGUCAAAAUUGUAAAACUUCUCAUCAACGAUGUGAGACCGAACAAAUAGAACUUGAAUCCGUUAUCCGUUUUCAUAUUAAAUUUAAUGGAAAUCCGACGGAUUUCACUAUCAAAUUUAGCGGAUGUCCGACUGAUUUCACUAUCAAAUUUAACGGAUAUCCGAAGGAUUUCGCUAUCCAAUUUAACGGAUACUGA